CGGCCUCCUGGGUGGUUCAGAGAAGAGAGAGAGAGAGAGAAGAUGGGGAAGCGGAACCCGCCACGGUCGAGCCGGCCGAGAGGGUGCUUGCUUCUGCUGGGUGAUGAUGAUGAUAUAUUUAUUGGUGGCAUCGAGAAAGUUGAGCUAAUUUUACACCCUCUUUUGCCGAAUAUAGCGCUGCUCUGUGUCAGGUCUUCGACAGCAUCUUCCUCGACGUCCCUAUGUCGCGUGUCAAAUUCAACGUUAACUCGGAGUACGCGUACGUCCAGAAUUUCAAGGUCUUGCAGAGCACCUUCACCAAGCACGCCGUUGACAAGCCCAUCCCCGUCGAGGCCCUUAUCAAGUGCAAGAUGCAGGACAAUCUCGAGUUUCUGCAGUGGACCAAACGAUACUGGGACCAAUACUACCCUGGCGGAGACUACGAUGCUGUUGGGCGAAGAAAAGGCGGUGCUCUGCCUGCUGGCGGCGGUGGCGGCCCUGCCCCUCGAGCCGCGGGCACCGCUUCGGCGGCAGCACGACGAGGUGGGACCACCCCCACAACCGGUCCCCGUGCAGCUAAGGCUGGCGCCGCCGGCGGUGCUGCGUCGGCCGCUCUCCUGCAGGAGAAUACGACUCUCAAGGAGACGGUAGUUGGCCUUGAGCGCGAGCGCGACUUUUACUUUAGCAAGCUACGUGACAUAGAACUGCUGGUCCAGCAGGCCGUUGAGGAGGAUCCGGAGCUCGAGAAGCAGGAAGACGGCCUCAUCAAGCAGAUCCAGACGAUACUAUACUCGACUGAAGAAGGUUUCGAGAUUCCGGCCGAGGGCGAGGCGCUAGAUGAUCAAGAGACGUUCUAAACCUGCCCAACGUCACCAGGGAUAGACAACGAGUCGGCGAAUGCCACGACAAAAGGGAGGGGAGUUGGCGACUAAUUAAUAUCGGAGCAGCUGUAUGAUGAGGUGACUGAAAAAAAAGAGACGGGGCGAGUGCUGCCUGGGACGGGGAGAUUUGCAUUCGGAAUGAAGUCUUCAGGACUUGCUUCUCAUCCGAUUCGCACUAUCACGAAGGGAGCGGAUCUCCGGCGGUAUUGGAAACCGCUGGUCUAGGCUCUAUAUACACCCGCGCGCCUCUCGAGGACACUGCGG